AUGGUCGUCCCACCGGGUGAACAAGUUGUAAGAACCGGUAUGAGGCAUCAGUUGGCGUUGGCGGUCGCGGCCCUGCUCGGCCUAGCGGAAUGUGGGCCUCCCGGAAAGCCUACACUUGGAUGGGGCGAGAGAACGUUUGCGAUUGUGGAAGUCAAUCAAGCAGCCACAGCGUAUAACCAGCUCGUCAAACGUAAAGAAGCUGCAGAUGUGUCCGUUUCCUGGAAUGUUUGGUCUGGAGAUACAGCGGAGACUGCCAAAGUUUUAUUGGAUGGAAAGGAAGUCUGGUCUGGUGCGUCCGGUGCUGCAGCAUCAGCCACUUUUCCUGUCAAGAAAGGUGGAAGAUAUCAAAUGACAGUGGAACUUUGCAACCCCGAUGGAUGUAGUUCGAGUGAUCCAACAGAGAUUAUUGUAGCAGAUACCGAUGGAAGUCAUUUACCUCCACUAGAAUACACAAUGGGAGAGAAGAAUAAACCUUUCAAGCAGACAUCUGGAAAGGUUGUAGCUGCAUACUUCGUAGAAUGGGGUGUAUAUCCAAGAAAGUUCCCUGUAGACCGCAUUCCUGUGCCAAACCUAACUCAUCUUUUAUAUGGUUUUAUCCCAAUUUGCGGCGGGGACGGUAUAAAUGACAGUUUGAAAGAAAUAGAGGGUAGUUUCCAAGCGCUGCAGCGCUCUUGUAGCGGUCGUGAAGACUUUAAAGUUUCUAUUCAUGAUCCAUGGGCCGCUUUGCAAAAACCACAGAAAGGCUUAUCUUCAUGGAAUGAGCCCUACAAAGGUAACUUUGGUCAACUGAUGUCCUUAAAACAAACUAGACCUGACCUGAAGAUGCUUCCUUCCAUGGGUGGAUGGACUCUUUCCGAUCCCUACUUCUACAUGAAGGAUGACAUAAAGAGGGCUUGCUUUAUUGACUCCGUAAAAGAAUUCCUUCAAACUUUUAAAUUCUGGGAUGGUGUUGACAUUGAUUGGGAGUUCCCUGGUGGCAAAGGUGCUAACCCUGACCUUGGAAGCCCAGAAGACGGAGAUGUUUACGUAAAGUUAAUGAAGGAAUUACGCGAAAUGCUUGAUGACCUCUCAGCUACAACUGGAAAGAAAUACGAAUUAACUUCUGCUAUCAGUGCUGGUUGGGACAAGAUCCAAGUAGUAGAUUUCAACAAAGCCCAGAAUUAUAUGGACCACAUUUUCUUGAUGAGCUACGAUUUUAAGGGGGCUUGGUCGAAUGACACUCUAGGACAUCAAACUCCACUGUAUGCACCUGAAUGGAACCCUAAGGAAACAUACACAACUGACUUCGGUGUGAAAUACUUGCUUGCUCAAGGUGUGAAUCCUAAGAAGAUUGUAGUAGGUGUAGCCAUGUACGGACGUGGAUGGACCGGUGUCCAUGACUACGUAGAUAACAAUCCUUUCACAGGUAACGCUACUGGACCAGUCAAAGGUACUUGGCAAGAUGGAGUAGUAGAUUAUAGGGAAAUUGCUAAUGAAAUUGCCCAAGGGAAAUGGGAGUUCCGAUAUGAUAACGUUGCUCAAGCCCCAUAUGUCUUCAGACCAUCUACUGGAGAUCUUAUAACCUAUGAUAAUGCUAGGUCUGUUAUCGAAAAGGGUAAAUAUGUGAGAAAUAAUAAGUUAGGAGGACUUUUUGCUUGGGAAAUCGAUGCUGAUAAUGGUGAUCUCUUGAAUGCCAUGAACAUGGGCCUAGGUAAUAGUCCAGCU